UCUUUUCAUCGAGCAUUCUCCUAAUUGUCCACUAGCGAUGAACUCUUGUAUAUAUAUAUAUAUAUAAACCAGCUAGUUUUUCCCAAAUCCUACAUGAACAACAAGAAUCUAGGAUCUAGGGUUCGCCGACAAUGGAUGCAAAGAAGCCUUAUUUAGCCGUGAUUCUGAUACAAGCAAUAUAUGCGGGCAUGUUCUUGCUGUCCAAGGCUGCAUUCAAUGGUGGUAUGAACAGCUUCGUGUUUGUUUUCUAUAGGCAAGCUGCGGGAACCAUUUUCUUAGCUCCUAUCGCUGUGUUCUUUGAAUGGAAAAAGGCGGUUCCCUUAUCAUUUCUGACCUUCUGCAAGAUUUUUCUUCUUUCUCUAUUUGGGAUCACUUUAAGCUUGGAUAUCUACAGCAUGGCAAUUGUUUAUACGUCAGCAACUUUGGCUGCUGCAACGACAAACUGCCUUCCUGUCACUACUUUCUUCUUGGCAGUAUUACUCAGGAUGGAGGUGUUCAAGUGGAAGACAACCGCCGGAGUUGCAAAGCUUACAGGCAUACUAGUCUGCAUGGCCGGAGCAGCGACCCUUGCCUUUUACAAGGGACCGCAUUUGAAGCUCAUCGGCGGCCAUCAUCACCUCUUGGGUCACCCUAAAAUCGAAGGACACCAUGCCCCUCUUCCUUCUAGCACAGCGUGGAUAAAGGGUUGCUUCCUCUUCCUUCUUUCCAACAUCUUCUGGGGCUUGUGGCUUGUUUUGCAGGCAACUGUCAUGAAAAGCUACCCUCCAAAGCUUCUCUUCGUAACUCUUCAGUGCUUUCUGAGCACCAUUCAGUCAUUUGCCAUUGCCAUUGCUUUUGAAAGAGACCCUCAUCAAUGGAAGCUGGGUUGGAAUGUCAGACUCGUAGCCGUAGCUUAUUGUGGAAUCAUUGUGACUGGCGUUACAUACUACUUGCAAGCAUGUGUUCUUGAGAAGAAGGGACCAGUUUUUCUUGCCAUGUCUACACCUUUGGCUUUCAUCAUGACAAUGUUCUCUUCGGCAAUUCUCUUAGGCGAGAUCAUUACCUUGGGGAGCCUCGUAGGUGGGCUCUUGCUGGUUGGAGGGCUAUACAGUGUUUUGUGGGGGAAGAGUAGAGAGCAUAAAGCGAAUGAUGUGGGUAAUUUAACAGCUGCAAAAGUUGACAGCGAAUGCUCAGAACUGAAAGAAGUUGUGCCUGCUAAAGCUCCGCCACUACCCUUAGUUGUGUAACGUUAAACUCGUGUCAUAAAUCCAAGCUCCCUCAUGCACGUUAACAGAGAUCGGAGUUCUCCACGAUUCACGAGGAACGAGGAUGCCCUACUUGAUAAAUGAUUAUUGUAUAAUUUUUUACAUAAUUUUUGUUCAAUCUUGUCUGCCUAAUAGUUGAACAAAUUAAAGGUUGUGUUAAGAGUUAUAUAUACGUAAAACAAUCAUUUCUCUGCCUCACCUUAGGAGUGCAAAGCUCCAUGGCAGAAAGUGCAAAAGUUCAUCUCCUUUUUAGGCUUUAACUAAUUACUGAAUCUCAAUAAAAUGAGGUUUUUUUUUUUUUUUUAA